AUGGCGAUCUUCAGCGUCUACGUCGUGAAUAAGGCGGGCGGCCUCAUCUACCAGCUAGACCACUACGCGCCCCGCGCCGACACCGAGAAGACGUUCAGCUUCCCGCUCGACCUCGUCCUCCGCCCGCACGACGAGCGCGUCGUCGUCGCCUUCGGACAGCGCGAUGGCAUCCGCGUGGGCCACGCCGUGCUGGCCAUCAACGGCGCCGAGGUCAACGGGCGCUUCACGGCGGACGGAAAGGACGUGCUAGAGUUCCUGGGCAAUCCCGCCAACUACCCGGUGUCCAUCCGCUUCGGCCGCCACCGCCUCUCCUCCAACGAGAAGCUCAUGCUGGCCUCCAUGUUCCACUCGCUGUUUGCCAUCGGGUCGCAGCUGUCCCCCGAGGUGGGGAGCUCCGGGAUUGAGAUGCUGGAGACUGACACCUUCAAGCUGCACUGCUUCCAGACGCUGACAGGGAUCAAAUUCGUGGUUCUUGCUGACCCAAGGCAGGCGGGGAUAGACUCCCUUCUCCGCAAGAUCUACGAGAUUUACUCUGACUUUGCUCUGAAGAAUCCUUUCUACUCCCUGGAGAUGCCAAUCAGAUGUGAGUUGUUUGAUCAGAACUUGAAACUUGCUCUGGAGGUGGCAGAGAAAGCCGGACCCUUCGGACCUGGAUCAUAGAGAAAACCUCGCCUGUUGCACAGACUCCUUUCCCUGAAGAGCAGGGCCUCUCUCUUCCCCAGCUGGCCUCUCCUGGAGCUCUCUCCUCCACAGCAGAGACUGUGUAGCCCCAAAACAUGCUUCAUUAUCUCCCAGGAUACCACUUUAUCCCCUUUGUUGUGAAAUUUACCUUAAACAGACUCAUUACUACCGUUUACAUUGGGCCCCGGAGGCUUAUUCUGCUGUUGCGGCUCCACUGCCCUUAAGUGAAGAAAGAAAGAUAAGGUGCAGGUUCGUGGCCUUACUGCAGUCCAUUGUUUUCUUUUGUUUCAUAAUUGUACAUAUGUAUUUUUCCUGUAUAGCUCUAACUUACGGUUUUGCAGAGGUUUUCUGUGUAGAAGUAAUAAACAUUCCUUAAAGAGG